CGGGGGUGGGUCGGUCCCUCGUUAGAUGGUCCCUCCCUCUUCCUCCCCCCCCCAGUGGUUUCCGGGGCCUGCGGGACCGAGGGGCGGGAAUCGGGGCCGGAGCCCCUUCCACUGGCCGGGAGCUAGACUGGGCCUGACGCCUUCUGGGUCCAUCACUGGCAGGGGAAACUUUCCCAAACCGGAGCCCGAGCCUGAACGCCCACCUCUGCCACCUCGUCCUCUAAUCCCACUCCCACUCCACCGCCUCCAGCGUCUUCCCCUCCCACCGACCCGAAUCUUGCUGCGUCUGACUGAUGGGGCAGUGAGCCAAUCGUAGGCGGGGAGCUGACCUGCCGGGUGUCGAUUUCUCUUGAAUUUGGCUACAAAUUUAUAGAUCUUCUGUCCUGUGUACAGGCACAGUUGCUGAUAUGUGUUCAAGAUGAGUGGGAUGGGAGAGAAUACCUCUGACCCGGCCAGGGCAGAGACAAGAAAGCGAAAGGAAUGCUCUGACCAGCUUGGACCCAGCCCCAAAAGGAGCACUGAGAAACGUAAUCGUGAGCAGGAAAAUAAAUAUAUAGAAGAACUUGCUGAGCUGAUUUUUGCAAAUUUUAAUGAUAUAGACAACUUUAACUUCAAACCUGACAAAUGUGCAAUCUUAAAAGAAACUGUGAAGCAAAUUCGUCAGAUCAAAGAACAAGAGAAAGCAGCAGCUGCCAACAUAGAUGAAGUGCAGAAGUCAGACGUAUCAUCCACAGGGCAAGGUGUCAUCGACAAGGAUGCGCUGGGGCCCAUGAUGCUUGAGGCCCUGGAUGGGUUCUUCUUUGUAGUGAACCUGGAAGGCAACGUGGUGUUUGUUUCAGAGAAUGUGACACAGUAUCUAAGGUAUAACCAAGAAGAGCUGAUGAACAAAAGUGUAUAUAGCAUCCUGCAUGUUGGGGACCACACUGAAUUUGUCAAAAACCUGCUGCCAAAGUCUAUAGUAAAUGGGGGAUCUUGGUCCGGAGAACCUCCCAGGCGGAACAGCCAUACUUUCAACUGUCGGAUGCUGGUAAAACCUUUACCCGAAUCAGAAGAGGAAGGUCAUGAUAACCAGGAAGCACACCAGAAAUAUGAAACUAUGCAGUGCUUUGCUGUCUCUCAACCAAAGUCCAUCAAAGAAGAAGGAGAAGAUUUACAGUCCUGCUUGAUUUGCGUGGCAAGAAGAGUUCCCAUGAAGGAAAGACCAGUUCUUCCCUCUUCAGAAAGUUUUACUACUCGUCAGGAUCUCCAAGGGAAGAUCACUUCUCUGGAUACUAGUACCAUGAGAGCAGCCAUGAAACCAGGCUGGGAGGAUCUGGUGAGAAGGUGCAUUCAGAAGUUCCAUGCACAGCAUGAAGGGGAAUCUGUGUCCUACGCUAAAAGGCAUCAUCAUGAAGUACUAAGACAAGGAUUGGCAUUCAGUCAGAUCUAUCGUUUCUCCUUAUCCGAUGGCACUCUUGUUGCUGCACAAACGAAGAGCAAAUUGAUCCGUUCUCAGACUACUAAUGAGCCUCAGCUUGUUAUAUCUUUACACAUGCUUCACAGAGAGCAGAAUGUAUGUGUAAUGAAUCCGGAUCUGACUGGACAAGCAGUGGGGAAGCCAUUGAAUCCAAUUAGCUCUAGCAGCCCUGCCCAUCAGGCCAUGUGCAGUGGGAACCCAGGUCAGGACAUGACCCUCAGUAGCAAUAUAAAUUUUCCCAUAAAUGGCCCAAAGGAACAAAUGGGCAUGCCCAUGGGCAGGUUCGGUGGUUCUGGGGGAAUGAACCAUGUGUCAGGCAUGCAGGCAACCACUCCUCAGGGUAGUAACUAUGCACUCAAAAUGAACAGUCCCUCACGGAGCAGCCCUGGCAUGAAUCCAGGGCAGCCCAAUUCCAUGCUUUCACCAAGGCAUCGCAUGAGCCCCGGAGUGGCUGGCAGUCCUCGCAUCCCACCCAGUCAGUUUUCCCCUGCAGGAAGCUUGCAUUCCCCCGUGGGAGUCUGCAGCAGCACAGGAAAUAGCCAUAGUUAUACCAACAGUUCCCUCAAUGCACUUCAGGCCCUCAGUGAGGGGCACGGGGUCUCUUUAGGGUCAUCGUUGGCUUCACCAGACCUAAAAAUGGGCAAUUUGCAAAACUCCCCAGUUAAUAUGAAUCCUCCCCCACUCAGCAAGAUGGGAAGCUUGGACUCCAAAGACUGUUUUGGACUUUAUGGGGAGCCAUCAGAAGGUACAACUGGGCAGGCAGAGAGCAGCUGCCAUCCUGGAGAGCAGAAAGAGACAAAUGAUUCCAGUAUGUCCCAGGCGGCAAGCGGGGAGAGAGCCGAGGGACAGAACAGGUUGCACGACAGCAAAGGGCAGACCAAACUCCUGCAGCUGCUGACCACCAAGUCUGACCAGAUGGAGCCUUCGCCCUUACCCAGCUCUUUGUCGGAUACAAACAAGGACUCCACAAGUAGCUUGCCCAGCUCUGGAUCCACCCAUGGGACCUCACUCAAGGAGAAGCAUAAAAUUUUGCACAGACUCUUGCAGGACAGCAGUUCCCCUGUGGACUUAGCCAAGCUAACAGCGGAAGCCACAGGCAAAGAACUAAGUCAGGAGUCCAGCAGCACAGCUCCUGGGUCAGAAGUGACUAUUAAACAAGAUCCAGUGAGCCCCAAGAAGAAAGAGAAUGCACUACUUCGCUACUUGCUAGAUAAAGAUGAUACUAAAGAUAUUGGUUUACCAGAAAUAACCCCCAAACUUGAGCGACUGGACAGUAAGACAGAUCCUGCCAGUAACACAAAGCUGAUAGCUAUGAAAACUGAGAAGGAGGAGAUGAGCUUUGAGCCCAGUGACCAGCCUGGCAGUGAGCUGGACAACUUGGAGGAGAUUUUGGAUGAUUUGCAGAAUAGUCAAUUACCACAGCUUUUCCCAGACACGAGGCCAGGCGCCCCUGCUGGAUCAGUUGACAAGCAAGCCAUCAUCAAUGACCUCAUGCAACUCACAGCUGAAAACAGCCCGGUGACACCUGUUGGAACACAGAAAACAGCAUUGCGAAUUUCACAAAGCACUUUUAAUAACCCACGACCAGGGCAACUGGGCAGGUUAUUGCCAAACCAGAAUUUACCACUUGACAUCACAUUGCAGAGCCCAACUGGUGCUGGACCUUUCCCACCAAUCAGAAACAAUAGUCCCUACUCAGUGAUACCUCAGCCAGGAAUGAUGGGUAACCAAGGGAUGAUAGGAAACCAAGGCAACUUAGGGAACAGUAGCACAGGAAUGAUGGGUAGUAAUGCUGCCCGGCCCACCAUGCCAUCCGGGGAAUGGGCAUCGCAGAGUUCAGCUGUCAGAGUCACCUGUGCUGCUACCACCAGUGCCAUGAACCGGCCAAUCCAAGGAGGUAUGAUUCGGAACCCAACAGCUAGCAUCCCCAUGAGACCCAGCAGCCAGCCUGGCCAAAGACAGAUGCUUCAGUCUCAGGUCAUGAACAUAGGGCCCUCUGAAUUAGAGAUGAAUAUGGGAGGACCUCAGUAUAGCCAACAAGCUCCUCCAAAUCAGACUGCCCCAUGGCCUGAAAGCAUCCUGCCUAUAGACCAAGCAUCCUUUGCCAGCCAAAACAGGCAGCCGUUUGGCAGCUCUCCCGAUGACCUGCUGUGUCCACAUCCUGCAACGGAGUCUCCGAGUGAUGAGGGAGCUCUCCUGGACCAACUCUACCUGGCCUUGCGGAACUUUGAUGGCCUCGAGGAGAUUGAUAGAGCCUUGGGGAUACCCGAGCUGGUCAGCCAGAGCCAAGCGGUAGAUCCAGAACAGUUCUCAGGUCAGGAAUCCAAUAUCAUGCUGGAGCAGAAGGCUCCUGUUUUCCCGCAGCAGUACGCAUCUCAGGCACAAAUGGCCCAGGGUAGCUAUACACCCAUGCAAGAUCCUAACUUUCACACCAUGGGACAGCGGCCAAAUUAUGCCACACUCCGAAUGCAGCCCAGACCGGGCCUUAGGCCCACAGGUCUGGUGCAGAACCAGCCAAAUCAACUGAGACUUCAGCUUCAACAUCGCCUCCAAGCACAGCAGAAUCGCCAGCCUCUUAUGAAUCAAAUCAGCAAUGUUUCCAAUGUGAACUUGACUCUGAGGCCUGGAGUACCCACGCAGGCGCCUAUUAAUGCUCAGAUGCUGGCCCAGAGACAGAGGGAAAUCCUGAACCAGCAUCUUCGACAGAGACAAAUGCAUCAGCAACAACAAGUCCAGCAACGAACUUUGAUGAUGAGAGGACAAGGGUUGAAUAUGACCCCGAGUAUGGUGGCUCCUAGUGGUUUACCAGCAACCAUGAGCAAUCCCCGGAUUCCCCAGGCAAAUGCCCAGCAGUUUCCAUUUCCUCCAAACUACGGAAUAAGUCAGCAGCCUGAUCCAGGCUUUACGGGGGCUACGACUCCCCGGAGUCCUCUAAUGUCACCCCGAAUGGCACAUACGCAGAACCCCAUGAUGCAGCAGUCUCAGGCCAACCCAGCCUAUCAGGCCCCCUCAGACAUGAACGGAUGGGCACAGGGGAGCAUGGGUGGAAACAGCAUGUUUUCACAGCAAUCCCCGCCACACUUUGGGCAGCAAGCAAACACCAGCAUGUACAAUAACAAUAUGAACAUCAAUGUAUCCAUGGCGACCAACACGGGUGGCAUGAGCGCCAUGAACCAGAUGACUGGACAGAUCAGCAUGACCUCAGUGACCUCCGUGCCUACAUCAGGGCUGUCCUCCAUGGGUCCCGAGCAGGUAAAUGAUCCUGCACUGAGGGGAGGCGGCCUUUUCCCAAACCAGCUGCCUGGAAUGGAUAUGAUCAAGCAGGAGGGAGAUGCAUCACGGAAAUACUGCUGACCCUGCAGGGAGCUGGCCGCUGCUUCCCUCGGCUGACCAGGCGCACGUGCUCACAACACCUAGCAUCUGGAGAGCCGCGUCUCUGUGCCGACCCUGAUCUGCCCGCAGUUCUCCCAGAGCCAGCGAGCAGACGGGCUGGGCCCUGCUCCUGGGGGGUGCCAGCCACCGCAGGAGCCACCUCUUCUCUUUCUGGUCUGAAGCUCGCUCCAGACAGUUGCUCAGUCUGUUCACUGCAUUCACCUUAGUGCAACUUAGAUCUCUCCUGCAAAGUAAAUGUCGACAGGCAAAUUUCAUACCCAUGUCAGAUUGAAUGUAUUUAAAUGUAUGUAUUUAAGGAGAACCGUGCUCUUGUUCUGUUCCUGUUUGGUUCCAGACACUGGUUUCUUGCUUUGUGUCCCCGGCUAAUCAGUCAAAUGCUAAAGGUUAAGAUUUCAUCUGGAGGAAAGAAAAGAAUUUUUAAAAAAUGAAACUAAAGUUGUUUUAAGCUAAGACCUGCAUUUGGGAUGGAAUCAGGGCAGACACUGCGGACAGCACUGUGUGCACAGACACACCCUAAGUGAAGACUGCAGUCACAGAAAGCUCUCUAGACUUUGUUGGAAAGAGUUUCCGGUUCCUGAACAGGCAAAAAAGAGCCUAUGAGAGGGCUGUUGAUAUUAUCAAGUUUUGUUUUGUUUUGUUUUUUAGUUGUUUUUUGUACCAGGGAUUGAGCUCGGGGCCCCCC